AUGACCACACAAACUGAAGCCCCAACUACAACCAUAACAGGUGCUCCCACUACAACUGGAACUGAGGUUACCUUGACCACACAAACUGAAGCCCCAACUACAACCAUAACAGGUGCUCCCACUACAACUGGAACUGAGGUUACCUUGACCACACAAACUGAAACCCCAACUACAACCAUAACAGGCGUUCCCACGACAACAGUGACGGAGGGUACCUUGACCACACAAACUGAAGCCCCAACUACAACUGUAACUGUUGCCCCCACAACAACUGUAACUGAGGUUACCUUGACCACACAAACUGAAGCCCCAACUACAACUGUAACUGUUGCCCCCACAACAACUGUAACUGAGGUUACCUUGACCACACAAACUGAAGCCCCAACUACAACCAUAACAGGUACUCCCACUACAACUGGAACUGAGGUCACCCUGACUACAGAAACUGAAGCCCCAACCACAACAGGUGUUCCCACUAUAACUGUGACAGAGGGUAUCUUGACCACACAAACUGAAGCCCCAACUACAACAGGUGUUCCCACUACAACUGUGACGGAGGGUACCUUGACCACACAAACUGAAGCCCCAACUACAACAGGUGUUCCCACUACAACUGUGACAGAGGGUACCUUGACCACACAAACUGAAGCCCCAACUACAACAGGUGUUCCCACUACAACAGUGACAGAGGGUACCUUGACCACACAAACUGAAGCCCCAACCACAACAGGUGUUCCCACUACAACUGUGACAGAGGGUACCAUGACCACACAAACUGAAGCCCCAACUACAACCAUAACAGGCGUUCCCACGACAACAGUGACGGAGGGUACCUCGACCACACAAACUGAAGCCCCAACUACAACUGUAACUGUUGCCCCCACAACAACUGUAACUGAGGUUACCUUGACCACACAAACUGAAGCCCCAACUACAACCAUAACAGGUACUCCCACUACAACUGGGACUGAGGUCACCCUGACUACAGAAACUGAAGCCCCAACCACAACAGGUGUUCCCACUACAACUGUGACAGAGGGUACCUUGACCACACAAACUGAAGCCCCAACCACAACAGAUGUUCCCACCACAACUGUGACAGAGGGUACCAUGACCACACAAACUGAAGCCCCAACUACAACCAUAACAGGUGCUCCCACUACAACUGGAACUGAGGUUACCUUGACCACACAAACUGAAGCCCCAACUACAACCAUAACAGGUACUCCCACUACAACUGGGACUGAGGUCACCCUGACUACAGAAACUGAAGCCCCAACCACAACAGGUGUUCCCACUACAACUGUGACAGAGGGUACCUUGACCACACAAACUGAAGCCCCAACCACAACAGAUGUUCCCACCUCAGCUGUGACAGAGGGUACCUUGACCACACAAACUGAAGCCCCAACCACAACAGGUGUUCCCACUACAACUGUGACAGAGGCUACCAUGACCACACAAAGUGAAGCCCCAACUACAACCAUAACAGGUGCUUCCACUACAACUGGAACUGAGGUUACUUUGACCACACAAACUGAAGCCCCAACUACAACCAUAACAGGUACUCCCACUACAGCUGGGACUGAGGUCACCCUGACUACAGAAACUGAAGCCCCAACCACAACAGGUGUUCCCACUACAACUGUGACAGAGGGUACCAUGACCACACAAACUGAAGCCCCAACCACAACAGGUGUUCCCACUACAACUGUGACAGAGGGUACCUUGACCACACAAACUGAAGCCCCAACCACAACAGGUGUUCCGACUACAACUGUGACAGAGGGUACCUUGACCACACAAACUGAAGCCCCAACCACAACAGAUGUUCCCACUAUAACUGUGACAGAGGGUACCUUGACCACACAAACUGAAGCCCCAACCACAACAGGUGUUCCCACUACAACUGUGACAGAGGGUACCUUGACCACACAAACUGAAGCCCCAACUACAACCAUAACCGGCGUUCCCACGACAACAGUGACGGAGGGUACCUUGACCACACAAACUGAAGCCCCAACUACAACCAUAACAGGCGCAUCCACUACAACUGUGACAGAGGGUACCUUGACCACACAAACUGAAGCCCCAACUACAACUGUAACUGUUGCCCCCACAACAACUGUAACUGAGGUUACCUUGACCACACAAACUGAAGCCCCAACUACAACCAUAACAGGUGCUCCCACUACAACUGGGACUGAGGUCACCCUGACUACAGAAACUGAAGCCCCAACUACAACUGUAACUGUUACCCCCAAAACAACUGCAACUGAGGUUACUUUGACAACAGGCACCAAAGCCCCAACUACAACUGUAACUGUGGCCCCCACAACAACUGCAACUGAGGUUACUUUGACAACAGACACCAAAGCCCCAACUACAACUAUAACUGUUCCUCCCACAACAACUGCAACUGAGGUUACUUUGACAACAGGCACCAAAGCCCCAACCAUAGCAGGAUCCACCAUUGAAACAUUCUCCACUCUUACUGCACCUCCAACAACAACCAUAACAGCUCCCCCCACCAUCAAAGUUCUUGAGUUCACCUCCACUGAAGAAUUUGAUAGUGACCUCUCAAAUCGUGAAUCUACAGCCUUUCAAUCUAAAGCCGAGCAAAUAAAACAGCUGAUUGAGCCACUUUACAAAGCGGCAUUUCCUUCAUUCAUCAGGUUCACUGUAAGAAGCUUCAGGCCUGGAUCAACUAUCACAAAUGGAGAUCUGGUCUUCAGCUCAACAAACGUACCUAGCGAUGAUGUCAUAAUCAGCACUCUGAGUGGCAGCAACGUACCUAGUACACUAAACAUCGUCAUUACCUCAAUUAAAGUCAUUAAUGCAGGUUCAACAACUGUGGUACCAACAACAACAGUAACAGCUGUUACACAAACUCCUACAACUACAAGUAGUGCAACCACUCUGACACCAGCAACUACAGUAACAGCUGUUACACCAACUCCUACAACUACAAGAGGUGCAACCACCCUGACACCAGCAACUACAGUAACAGCUGCUACACCAACUCCUACAGCUACAAGAGGUGCAACCACCCCGACACCAGCAACUACAGUAACAGCUGUUACACCAACUUCUAGAGCUACAACCAUGGCUAUGCCCACAACUACAACUCCAACUACAACUACAACUCCAACUAUGACUACAACUACAACUCCAACUCCAACUACAACUACAAAGGGCGUGGCACGAAACCGUGCGGAACUGGAUACGCAGGCGGAGGUGGAGCUGGAGUUUCGGGACAACACCUCACCCGAAUCGCUCCCGACCAGCGACGACAUCGUCAGCACGCUGAAAGAGGCAGUGAGCAACCCCAACAACACAUUCAACAUCACUAUUGACCCCGCCUCCGUUUUAAUUCUAAGAACCCCGAACAACGUUGUGGAGCUAGUGUUCACCUCCACUGACACAUUUGUGGACACACUUCUAGACGCGAACUCAGAAGCCUUUAAAACCAGAGCACAGGUCACAGCAGAACAGCGCUGGAUCAGUCGUCACGACUUCAAGUCUAGCCUUCAACUCCUCAGGACGUUUUCCCAGUGCCAAUGA